AUGCCAUCUUACUUGGUAACAGGCGCCAAUCGUGGCCUUGGAUAUGGUUUUGUGAAGUAUCUGGCCCAAAGGCCCGAGAACACCAUCAUCGGGAUUGUCCGAGACAAAGCUGCCGCAGACAAGGCUGUUGCUGCAGAUGGUCUCAAGAACGUCACCAUGGUCCAGGCCGAGAUCGCCAACUACAAGUCCUUGUUGGCAGCCAGAGAACAAGUGGUUAAGAUCACUGGUGGUUCUCUUGAUUGUUUGAUCAACAACGCAGCGUUCAUCGACAAAUCAAGCCAAGGCAAGGCUCUCGACGAGUUCGAGGAUGCGCCCGAGGUCCUGGAGCAUGGCCUGGUUGAAUCUUUCCACGUCAAUGUCGUGGGACUGAUUCACACCAUCAACGCCUUCCUUCCGCUCAUCAAAAAUGGAUCUAUUAAGAAGGUGGUUCUAAUCUCCAGUGGAAUGGCUGAUCCGGACCUUGUCAACUCAGGGAUCUUUGCCGACGGUCCUUAUACCAUCAGCAAGGCUGCGGCAAAUAUGGCGAUUUUCAAGUACAACGCAAAGUACAAGCAGGAAGGCAUUUUGUUUUUUGCCCUGUCGCCCGGGGUCGUCGCAACCUGGGAGGGAGAGGACGAGCCUCCAGUGAUCGCAGCGCUGAGGCAGGGGUAUCCACAAUGGAAAGGACCUCUGACUCCGUUGGAGUCGGCCGAGAUGUGCGUGAAGGUGAUCCAUGAUUUCAACGCCCAAGAGAAUGGUGGCUCUUUUGUGUCUCACUUUGGCAACAAACAGUGGAUGUGA